GAAGAUUUCAGAUAUCUCAAAAACAAAACAUAACAGAUUUAUAAACAGAGCCAGAUAAUGGAGGAAGAAGAUUUUUUUUUCGAUGCCAAAGAUCUUGACAAUGACAUUAUUGCAAGGAGAUUGCAAUAUGAUGUUGCCAACCAAAAUGGAAAAGUGUAUAAACACUAUGGUGAUGAUUUAAAUCUUAAAUUCAAUAAAAUCAAGAAGAGUUUAACUAGAGUUUCUUUCAAUUGCUUGCAGGGAAUAGAUAUAUAUUAUCCAUAUGCUUAUACAGCAUCUAAAGAUGGAACAGUAGCAAAAUACAAUAUAAAGGAUUUUAAUUCCAAACCUAAAUUGAUUAAAUUUCAUAAAUCUGAACUAAUGAAACAAAACACUAAUAAGAAUUUGGAUAAUGAAGAAGGAAAAGAAGAUAAGCAAAUUGAACAUUCAGAUGUCAUAUUGACCAUGGCAAUUUCACCAGAUGGUCAGUAUUUGGUAACUGGUGGUAAAGAUGGAAAAUUAAUAAUUUGGUCAACAGAGAGACUAAUUCCGAUUAAAUUAUUAUUACAUUUAAAAGAUAAAAGAAGAAGUCGUAAUGAAAUUUUGUCAAUAAGUUUUAGAAAAGAUGAAAAGCUUAACCAACUUUAUGUUGCAUCGUCUGAUUUAAAAAUUCGAACAUUUUCGGUGAAUGAUUAUGCGCAAUUAGAGACAUUAUAUGGGCAUCAAGAUUUAAUUGUUGAUAUCGAUGCAUUGAGAGAAGAAAAAUGUAUUACAGUAGGUUCAAGAGAUAAAACUGCAAUGCUUUGGAAAAUAUCAGAAGAAACAAGAUUGACGUUCAGAGGAGGAGAUUUCAAGAAACCAAAUAAAAAGCAAAAAACAAACGAUAAAAAAGUCAAAAAGAAAACAAAAGAAAACGUCAUUGAAGGUCAAGAAGAAAGCGAUUUUUUCAAUGAGGGAUCGAUAGACUGUGUGAGCUUAAUUGAUUCUACGCACUUUAUAACAGGAUCAGACAAUGGAUCAAUUAGUCUUUGGUCGUCAUCAAAAAAGAAGCCUAUAUUUACAGAGAGAGUUGCACAUGGAAUUAUACCGGCGUUGGAAUCGGUGAAGGCGAGUGCAGAAACAGAUGAGAAAAAGAGAAAAUUGCAAAUUCCACCCAAGAAACCAUACUGGAUAACAACUAUAAAGAGCAUUCCCUACAGCGAUUUGUUUAUUUCGGGCUCAUGGAAUGGACAGUUGAUUGUUUGGCAGUUAGACGCCAAACUCUCCAGUUUCAAGAAGAAAUACUGUAUCAAUGAAGUGAAAGGAGCCAUCACCAAAAUCGGCUCUGUAGAAAUAACAGAGUACGAAAACUAUUUGCUAAUGGACUCAGAAACUGGCAAGAAGGAGAAGAUAAGGAUAUUGGCAAGCGUAAGCAAGGAACACCGACUUGGAAGAUGGAUAGAGGUUGGAAAUGGUGCAAGAAACAGCAUAUACUCUGUGUGUUUGGAAUUAAAGAAGAAGAGUCCUUCAGAAACGUUGUAAAUUAGAUAUUCAUAAACAGUUCAUAAAAAGUGUCAAAUUGUAGCAAAGUUAUUAUCCUGUCUCCUCGGAUAUUAAGCCGGUAUGUUAGACGCCCGUGCUAUUACCGGUUUAGCAAUUGUGCACCGAAGUUGGCAAACGAGAUGCGUGAAACCGGUUUUCGGAUUACUCGAAUUUCCCGGCUUUUCUAACUCCGUUCCGAG